ACGCAGAUCUGGCAACGCCAGCACACGAGCAUAAGGAAGUAAAAAAGAAGAAACAAACGUAGAGUGGCAGUGCAGAAAGAAGACGUGUGAAGUAAUGACGUGUGUGCGGAAGAACAAACAGUUUUUUUCAUUUAUAUAUAUUUUUUUUGUAAUUUAAUUAAUUAGUUUUGAUUCUAAUAAAAAGGAAUCCUACAAAUUGGGGGCUCAACAGGGAUUUGAAUUUCCGGCAAUUGUGAAAUUCAGUCUACACAAUGACUUGCUUAAAUGACUUCGUAAGCAGCAGCCUGCGCAGUAGCAGCAAAAACAUAAUAAUAGCGUUGCAUAAAUUUAUAUACCAAGAAGAAGGUGAUAGAAAUAAUCGAAAGAGAUUGAGAGAAUUUUCUGGAUUCGAUUACGACGAAAAUGACAAGGCGUAUGCAAGCAAAUGCGAAUAUAUUAAAAAUAAUUUGACUGAACGUGAUUUGGUUUCAAUUUGUAUUGUACUAAAUAUAAGUUAUUGUGUUAAAGAUGUACAACUGCACAUAUUUCGAAAUCUACGUAAAAAUUUUUUGUUGGCCGAAAACGCAAACGACGAUGAAUGUAAUGACGAAGAAGGAGAUGAGAAAGUCGAUGAUGAUGAUGACGAAGAAGGAGAUGAAGAAGUCGAUGAUGACGUUGACAGUAAACGCACUUUCAGAGGCAAUGAACGCGAGUUUAAAAAAUCUCGUGACGAUAAUGGCAAUAAAAUGUUUGAAGUGGAUGAUAAUAAUAAAGCAGCAGCGUACACACGUACAAAAUUUUUACAAAGAGAAGCACCAAAAUUUGCAAUGAACUUUCGCGAUAUAGAGGACUCAAUUAGACCAUUUGAUGGCACAAAUAUCAUUUCGGUAGAAAGGUGGAUUGAAGAAUUCGAGGAACAAGCUGCACUGAUGUGUUGGGAUGGGUUUCAAAAACUAGUGUUUGCAAAAAAAUCUCUUAGAGGCAUUGCUAAACUUUUUAUUUUGAGUGAAAGAGGUUUAAAUUCGUGGUGUGCUUUAAAACACGCCCUGUUAAAUGAGUUUCGAACAACAACAAAUAGCGCACAAUUGCAUAAGCAACUUAGUGCUCGCAAAAUAAAAAAAGAUGAAAAUGUGUUUGAAUAUUUUUAUCAAAUGAAAGAUAUCGCAUCUCGCGGCAAUAUCGAAGACGAAGCGCUGAUUCAGUAUAUAAUAGAUGGAAUUAGAGACGGUUAUGUAAAUAAAAUGAUACUAUAUGGUGCAAAGAACCUUAAUGAAUUUAAAGACAAAUUAAGAUCAUAUGAAACAAUGUGUGAAAAAAGUAAGCAAGUUAACGAUUUUAAACAAAGCGAAAAGAAAAGUUUCUCAACAAAUAAAACAGAAGUGAAAUGCUACAAUUGUGGUGAAAAGGGACAUUUGUCCAUGAAUUGCAAAAAUAAAAAUCGAGGUACUAAAUGCUUUAAGUGCAACCAGUACGGACAUAUUUCUAAAAACUGUGAACAAGCCGAAAACAAAAUAAAUACGCGCAGUUUACAGCAAAAAAACAAUUUAACUACCAAAUCCAUUUUUAUUGGCAAUUUACAGUGCGCAGCCCUAUUCGAUACAGGCAGUAAAUUUAAUAUAAUUCGCGAAGACUUAUACAACAAGUUGAAUAAGCCUAUCUUAGAAAAAUGUAACGUAUGUUUAAUUGGUUUCGGUAGUGAUCGCAAUUCAAAUAGGAUUAAACCAAUUGGACAUUUUAAAAACUUAAUUAAAAUUGACGAUAAUGAGUUCAUAUUAGAUUUUUAUGUCGUUCCAAUUCGGUGCAUGGACUUACAAGUGAUCAUUGGCGAAGAACUAUGCUUAUACGCUGAAAUUUUAUUUAAUCGUGAUGGUAUAAACGUUCGUAAAAUCCUCGACGAAGACGAUCCCAUAGACGAAGAAGCUAAAAUAAUGAAAAUUGACUUAGUAAAUGACAACAAAACGAUUGAUAUCGACAAAACCGCUAGUGAGAAUGCGAGACGACAGGUACGUGAAAUGAUCAUAAAUUAUCAGCCGAAUCAAUGUAAAACAACACAAGUGGCGAUGUACAUAGUGCUCAAAGACGAAACACCCAUUUAUUCCAGGCCGCGUAGAUUACCGUUCACGGAGAGAUGCAAGUUUCUAAUGAGAAAAGUGGAAUUUCUAGGGCACACAAUACAAGAUCAAAAAAUAUCACCGUCAGAAGUUAAGGUUGAAGCUCUACGCAAAUACAAAUUGCCGCAAACAUUAAAACAAUUGGAAAGUUUUCUUGGGUUGGCGAGUUAUUUUAGAAAAUUCAUACCUAAAUUCUCGCUAAUUGCCAAGCCUUUAACAGAUUUAAGGAAACAAAAUGUGAAAUUUGAAAUAAAAGAUGAACAGAUUACUGCAUUUAAUACGUUGAAGACCAUCUUAAGCGAAAAACCGGUACUAAACAUUUUUAAUCAAAAAUCUGAAACGGAAGUGCAUACAGAUGCUUCGAUAGAAGGAUAUGGAGCCGUUUUAUUGCAAAAAUCACCAGACGACGAACAAUGGCAUCCUGUGUAUUAUAUGAGUAAAAAAACCACUGACGCACAAAGAAAAUAUACAAGUUACGAACUAGAAAUAUUGGCUGUUAUUGAAGCUUUCAAAAAGUUUAGAGUAUACAUUCUGGGUAUGCAUUUUAAGCUCGUUACUGAUUGUAACGCAUUUGCGAUGACAUUGGGAAAGAAAGACUUGUGCACGAGAGUAGCCCGUUGGAUAUUGUUCUUAGAGGAGUACGAUUACGAAGUUCAGCAUCGUGUUGGUUCGCGAAUGAAGCAUGUUGAUGCUUUAAGCCGCUACGCCGUUAUGUGCAUAGAUGAAGAUAAUAUUCUUUCUAAAAUACGGAGAGCACAGAUGCAAGACGAAAACCUGAAAACGAUAUCGGAUAUUCUACAAGAAAAAUCUUCAUACAACGAUUAUUUUAAGAAAGGAGAGUUGUUGUAUAAGCUGAGAAAUGACCAAGAACUUAUUGUUGUACCUAAGAGUAUGCAGCGUGAAAUAAUUAGACAUGCACAUGAAAAGGGACAUUUUGCCGUAAAAAAAACAAGUGAACUACUCCGAAAUGACUAUUUUAUACCUCAAUUGGAAGAAAAAAUACAAAAACACAUUAUGAAUUGUAUUCCAUGUAUCGUUGUGAAUCGGAAGCAGGGUAAGCAAGAAGGCGAACUACACUCAUUGAUUAAAGAAAGUAUACCAUUACACACGUACCAUGUUGAUUUUUUGGGACCAUUAGAAUCAACGAACAAACAAUAUAAGCAUAUCUUUGUCGUUAUUGACUCUUUUACUAAAUUCUGUUGGAUAUAUCCAACUCGAACCACAUCAGCUAACGAGGCUAUAUCCCGAUUGCGUACGCAAAGCAUAGUUUUUGGUAAUCCUAAUCAAAUAAUAUCAGACCGAGGUGCUGCUUUCUCUUCAGAUGAUUUUCGUAAGUAUUGCGAGGGUGAAAGUAUUAAACACAUCAAAAUUACUACGGGCUUAGCCAGGGCCAACGGACAAGUCGAAAGAUUGAAUAGCAUAAUUGCACCAGUUUUGGCAAAAUUAAGCAUGGCAGAUCCAACUAAAUGGUAUAAAAAUGUUGACAAAGUGCAGCAGAUAAUAAACUCCACGUAUUGCAGAAGUACUGGAACGACGCCUUUUGAAUUAUUAAUUGGUGCUAAAAUGCAAACAAAGGAAGAUAUUCAGAUCAAAAAAAUUAUCGAAGAGGAAAUUACAACGAUUUUUAAUGAAGACCGAGAAGAAAUGAGGCAACGCGCAAAGCAACAAAUACUGAAAAUCCAGUUAGAAAAUAAGAAUGCAUAUAACCAAAGACGCAGGCCAGCCGUAAAGUACAAAGUAGGCGACGUAGUCGCAAUCAAAAGGACGCAGUUUUCGGGAGGACUGAAGCUAAAACCAAAAUACUUAGGACCUUACGAGGUCGAGAGAGUUAAAUCAGACGAUACGUAUGAUGUUAUAAAAAUCGGAAAAAGCGAAGGGUCAAAGCGGACUAGCAGUUGCGCAGAGUAUAUGAAGCCUUGGGCAGUUGCUGACAAUGACACUUCAUUCGGGUCGAACGAAUCGCAGGAUGGCCGAUUGUGGGACGCAGAUCUGGCAACGCCAGCACACGAGCAUAAGGAAGUAAAAAAGAAGAAACAAACGUAG